AUGGGAGAAGAUAAGCGUAAAUACUCUUUGGAAUUGAAAGAAUUCGCAGUCACUUUAAAUUAUUUAUCACCGCGAGCAUACGAGUAUGUGCGCAAUGAAUUAAAAGAUAUUUUGCCACACCCAAAAAGAAUAUGCAAGUGGUAUCAAUGUAUCCAAUGUGAUCCAGAAUUCACUACGGAGGCCUUUGAAGUUGUUAAAGAAAGGUCAGCCUUAGAAACUUUAAAAAUGGCUCGCUAUUUCAAGGAACAAGAUAUUGAUGAAUUCAGGGAAUGCUUUUAUCUGUUUGCACGCUCUGGUCAGAUUACAUCCCUUGAUGAAUUGACAGUGGUUAUGCGUUCAUUAGGCAUGAGUCCUACUAUUCAGGAGCUUACAGGUUAUCUAAAGGGUAAAGGCGGCAAAAUGUCCUUUGCUGAUUUUUUAGAAGUAAUGCAUAUACAUUCCCGAGCGGAAAAUCUACCAAAUGAGGUGGUGAAUGCAUUCAGAGCUGGAGACCCAGAGAAGAAAGGAGUGGUGCCAGCUAAGCAGCUGCGUAAUUUGCUGCAGAAUUGGGGAGAGGGUCUGUCACAGCGUGAGGUGGACAACAUAUUCCGUGAAGCGAACGUUUCCAAUAACGGCACAGUUCGGUACGAGGACUUUGUGAAGAUAGCCUGUGCUCCUGUCCCAGAUUAUUAUUAA